CCAGGGUAGGUUGCUGGCCUCACCCUCGAAGGUUGAGAGGUCCAAAGCUCCUUUGUCUGAGCUUGGGACCAACUAGGUAUUAUAACUAACUAGGCGGAAAAUGGGAGUCAACAGCAUACGGUGUUCCCAAGUACUAACCGUGCUCAGCGCAGCUUGACUUUAGUAGGAGCUAUAUAGACUCCAUGGUCGUUUACAAUAAUAUUAUUAAUACAAACAAAAUAAUUUGAUUUUUUCAAUUAUAAGAGAAAUUACUAAAUUUAAUGGCAUAAAUAAAAUUAUAAAAUAAUUUAUAUUCACAGAUGCACUCAUACGUAUGAAUGAUUUGUGAUGUGUGUGCGGAGUGUGUGAUUCAUAACCUCAAAUUCUACAUUCGGUGCUGUGAAAUCAGUAACUUCUCAUUAAAAACAAAUGUCUGAGAUUAACAUUUGUAUUUAAAUAAUAUAAAAAUUAUUAUUACAUUUUGUAAAUUAAAAUAUGGAAGCUAUUUGGAAUAAAAUUUACAUAGAACAUCCACCAAAUAUCACGUGGCGUAUUGAAGCUCAGAAAUUUGAUAUCAAAGGACUUAAUGCGAUUUUACAACGUAUUAUUAAAGAUUUAGAAGCCCAAAAUGAUCUUCACAAAGAAGCGGCAAUAUUAAGCAGAAUUAUUUACCGGAUGAAGUGUAAAUUUCGCAAUGACAAGGGUUUUAAGAACAUGGAAAAAGUUAACAGAGCUUUACUUAAUUAUUUGAAUUUAGCGCUUGAAAAAGAAUACAAAAAUUUUAAAAGUAACAUCGAAUUAAACGGCAGAUUCGUUAUAUUGCCGAGCAGACAAAUGUUGGAGUAUAUUCUUGUCAGAACUCAAGGUUUUGCAAAGCUUUUAGCAAGAGUUGAGGAGGUAACAAAGAAUGCUGGCAUUUUUUUACGAUCCCGCGUCGUCUUGGGCCAUGCGUGGACUAUUACGCUUGUAGCAUAUGCAGUCAUAAGUAGAAUUUGGGUAUUGUCAAAAAAUUUAGUUAAAAGGUCUUGCAUUUGGUAUAACAGCCUCCAUCGAUUCUUGAAUACGUUCAAAACAGUUGGUCUUCCUUGGCUUUCCAAAAAUGACACCUUACCGGUUGAUUUAAAAUCAUGGCUUGCUUUACCAUGGCUCGAUGAAAAUGAAUCGAGCAUCCUCGAAGAAAAUAUUUUGAAGGACAAGAUGUUCAAAUUGAUUGAAUUUCAAGACGAUAACUUAAAUGAGGAUUUAAAUUUUGAUUUGACAGAUAAGUUGAUGAAAUUAGAAACCACUGAAUUGAUCUCCGACGUAUCGGAAAAUAUUUGUAAACCAAAUGUUUCAAAGAAUGUUACCGAACUCUCCAUUCAUAUGAGUGAUGAUCUCGGAGAAAUUGUUGAUCGUUCAAGCUGUGCGAUAAAUUUCAAAAAAAGAAAACGUAACGAAAAAUCAUUGAAAGAACAAAAACAAUCGGUAAUUGAUCAAAAACACGAAAAUGAUACUAAACAUAUGAUUGAAUUAAAAUCUAAUUGUAAGAAACAGAAAAUAAAGGAAGAAAACAAUUGUUCUUUAAUUAGCAAUAGUGAUAGUGUAAUAUGUCAAUUGGAACCUAAAGUAAAAAAAAAAAAAUGUAAAAGAAAAAGGAAAUCGAUUAAAUCACGCGAUAAAACCUCCAAUGAAAACGUCGCUUUUAAUUUCGAUAAUAUGACAAAAUCAGAUUUGAUUACACUUUUAAAAAAGGACCAUUAUCUAGGAAUUGACAAGUUGCAAUGGAAUAUUAUUAAGAAACAGUGUAAUAAAUUACUGAAGCAAUCGAACAAAUGUACCGAUGAGAAAAAUCAAUUAUUAAUUAGGAAAGCAAUAAAUAUGAUACGAGAAACAACUUAAUUUUAAUGUAAAACAAACAGAAAAAAGUAUAAAUUAUAAAUAUAUCAAUAGA